GAGGGAUGGGUAAAUGAGGUGCUGUUGUUGCCAGAGGCCCAAGCUGCAGAGCUGCGAACAAAUAUUCGACCUGUGAAGUUAGUUCUUCUCAAGUUGCGCAAACUCACGUACAAGCUCAUACACUCCACAACGCUCCUCCUGCCUGCCUGGCACAAGAUCCUCAUUGAUCAGUCCAUGUCACCAACUAACAUGCCCCGCGAUGUCUCCACUCGUUGGAAUUCCACGUACGACAUGUUGGAGUAUGCCGUCUCGCAUCGGAAAGCAAUUGAUGCUGUUACACAGCGAAGAGAGCUG